UAAACCUAUUUAACGCUGAAAACCUAGUCAAUCACAAUGCAAAUGUUCAUCGAAUAUUUGAUUUUACUAUUCUUUACGUCCAACGCAUGCGGGAGUUAUUUUCCGGACUUUUUUCCACUGUACCCUCCUACGCAGCCGUGGGAAUCGGUCUGCCAAGCAAAAUUUGUUACCGGGAUCUACAGAGCAUCAUUGAAAGGUUGUGGGAUGUACGUUGGAAUUAAUAGAGCAGCGCAACAAGUAACAUCACCAGCAAAGAUUAAAAACAUAAAAGUUACUCUUUUCAUCACAAAUGCUGGCGAUCCUGCAUUAAAUAUUGCGUUUGAUGCACUUUCUCCGAAUUCCCCACAAUCAUAUGAGAUUGAUGUUCGAGCAGAUAUGUCCAAACCGAUAUACUGUGGAAAAAUAUCAACACCAAAGCCGGAAAGAAGUCAGACCACACACAGUUUCGUAAUCGACAUGACGUGUUCCAAAGAAAAACUUACGCCAGGUGAAAUGAUUGAGAUCACCAUCACUCCUCAGCGAGGAUACGCGAAAACAAUCAACUACCAAAUACCAGGGUGUAAAGAUAAGAAAAUGGAGCAAGCAAGCAAAUGUAAACAACUCCAAAAGCAGAGAAUCCAAUUUCGUUUAAAACAAAUCGGCAACGGUACAAUGGUUAUUCUGGACAUUAAAUCAACUUACCCACUGCGAAAGCAAUCAUCAGGAAUUAAUCUAAUGCUGAGAUUGAGAAACGAAAAAGUUCUCCUCGGUUGGGUGAUGGUCGGAGAUAUUGUUCAACUUAAAUAUCCAACCAGAAAACAUUUAUUCAAAAAUUUGACACCUGGGGAACAUUAUUCGGUUUUGGUGUGGACAGAUUCAAAUUCGUAUGUUCGCUAUUCGGAUGAAAUAAUUCUGAGAAGUGAUAUAAAGAAACGUCGACACGCACCAAGACGUAAACGGGAAUAUUACUAAUGUGAAGCGGAAGAAAAACGUCGACAGAAAUCAAGUUGUGUGAAAACCCGGUCGAUGUAGAUCGAAACCCGGGUCAGAAUUCUGAACAUCUAUGCGACCUAUUCGAUUAGAAAAUCCCUCAAAGUCAACAAUAACUACUCCAAUAAAGCGCUGUGACUGGAUCUCUGACUGUUUAGAAUUACAAGUGAAGCCAUAUUUUUAAGCCAUACUGAAAUAUUAAACUUUAUUCAGCAAAUCCUUGAUAUCAAUUAUCCCUAAAAAUUUCGAGAUGAAAUUUUAAAAUCCUCUUUUUUUCCACUUUUAUCCCGAUCAAAAGUCCAAGACAUUGUUCUUCUGGCAACCUAUAAGCUGUUCACAAAAGAAUACUGAUUAUUCUAUAAUUAUAGUAUCUUGGCAAUCAGUGACCACUUUUGUUGUUUUGUUUUGCCCUUCUCGAUUCGAGUGAAACUAUGAAACCCACUGCAAAUAAAAUUGCUAUAAGUUAUUAACAGUGUGAUUUUGGUCGAUAGCAAAUCAUUUUAUUUUGUUACUUUUAUUUUUCUUUAUUUUAUUCAUUUAUUAUUUUUCUAUAAGUUUUUUUUGUUUUUAUUAUUCUAUCAAAAAUCUGAAUGGUUCCAUUUUCAAGUAUUUUCCCAGAUAGAUUAUUUGAAAUAACACAAUUAUGAUCAUAGAUUUCAGAGCUGUUACUAUGGUACUCAUUGACCCCUGACGACCCGAAUUUUUUUCCUAGCUCGAAGCAUUCAUUUUAUGCCCGAGUUGACAUCGCUUCCUAUUGAGAAAGGAUGUUUUUUCGUUGAAAUUCGUGGUUUCUAGGUUUCGACAUUCAAUAUGUAUCUGCAGCUAAGUUCCCCGUCCACUCUCACCGGACAUUAUCGCAUUUUAUUCGUCUUCCAAAUUUUACAACUUAAAUAUAGUCGUAUCUGACUUCGCUUUUCACCGAGAAUUAACGCAUAUUCAUUUUUGUUAGUGAUCUUGGGAUUCUAGCUUUUAGCAUUUAUAGCUGUUAGUAUUGAAAAGGUUGCUCAAAGAUUAGUUCAUUCCUCUUCGCUCCAAAAGUGUGUGCACCAAUAUGGAGGUAAAAAAUUUUGUUAGGCUAUUUUAGAUCAAGUUGUGUGAACGGACUGAAACCUACGGGCAUGGGGUAUAUUCACUUGGCUAACACAGACAGUCCCCGAACUCGUAAUAGAACUAAAAUAAGAAAAAUCGGAAAAAAAGUAUGGUCUAACCCUAAACCUGGUACACAUACUACGGGAUUACCCUUUAUUUUACUUACCAAACAUUAUCAAAAUUUGUAUUCGAAUUUUAGAGUCCUAUUAUUCUAGAUUUCGUUGACAAUAUCCCUGCAUGUUUUGCAUAUCUUCGUCUUUAGUAGGAAGUCUACUCACCCUUUGAUACCUCAAUGUUUUUUCUUUU